AUGGCUGAUUUCAUCGCAAAAUUCAACAAAUUGAAGUUAGGAGAAGCUUCCAAGGCCGACGAAGCCUCAUUCCCACAAUUUAGCGCCGAACAAAAGGCUUUGGCUGCCCAGUUUGACACCUUAUCCACCAGAUUCGAUGAACCAGAAUCGGUGGUAGCAUUGAAUGACUCCUUAAGAACCAAGACCUUUGUCACUGGAAACACUCCCUCCAAGACCGAUUUGGUCGUUUUCGAAAAGGUUUUGCCAUUGGCUUCCAAAUGGACCUCCAACGAAGACUUGGCUAAGCACAGACACAUCUUGAGAUGGGCUGAUUUGGUCCAAAACACCCUCUUCGAGGUCCCACAAGAUCAAAAGUUGACCUUGAACUACGAUGUCGAACUCCCAAGAGAAGUCAAGGAAAAGAAGAAGCCAGCUGCCGCCGCCGCUGCUCCAGCUGCCGCCGCCGCUGCUCCAGCUGCCGCCAAGGAAGCCCCAGCCAAGCAAGCCGAAGCUGCCACUGGCGGAAAGGAAUUGACCGAAGAAGAAAAGCAAGCCAGAGCUGCUGCUGCUAAGGCCAAGAAGGAAGCUAAGGCCAAGGCCAAGGCUGAGCAAAACGCUAAGCAACAAGCUGCUGCUGCUCCAGUUCCAGCCACCCCAGCCUUGAUUGACUUCAGAGUUGGUUUCAUCCAAAAGGCAGAAAAGCAUCCUAACGCUGACUCUUUGUACGUUUCUACCAUUGAUUUGGGUGAAGAAACCGGUCCAAGAACCAUCUGUUCUGGUUUGGUGAAGUACGUCCCUCUCGAAGAUAUGCAAGAAAGAUAUGUUGUGGUUAUUGCCAACUUGAAGCCAGUUGCCAUGAGAGGUAUCAAGUCCAUGGGUAUGGUGUUGUGUGCCUCCAACGAAAGUACUGUUGAAUUUGUCAACCCACCAGCUGGUUCCAAGGCUGGUGACAAGCUUUUCUUCGAAAGCUUCGACGGUACCCCAGAAAAGCAAUUGAACCCAAAGAAGAAGGUUUGGGAAACUUGUCAGGCAUUGUUUUCCACCACCGAGAACUUCGAGAUCACUUACACUGAGGAGGGCAAGGAGCCAAAGAAGUUGGUCAACGCCAAGGGCGAAUUCUGUAAGAACAGCACUCUUGUCAAGGCUGAUGUCAAGUAA